AUGGAAGGGGACUUGCGAAUUAUCCGGUUCACUGACUCUGAAAAGGAACUGCUCUACUCCAAUGCUCAACAAGCAAUCUCGGAGUUUCCGGUGGGAGAAGCGAAAGAGAGAAUGUACGAUGCCCUAAGCACCUUCCGAAUGCCGUAUUGGGACGCCGCUGCUGUACCGCCCAAGGACACGAGCUCCUUCCCCGCGAUCGUACAACAAGAAGUGGUUGACAUUGAAGUUCCAAGUGGAGAGUCGACAACCACACUUUCCGUUCCGAAUCCGCUGUACGCAUACUACUUCCAUCCUUUGCCAGUUGACGACUUCAAGAGUGUACCGUGGAUACUCUGGAAUUCAACAAAGCGAUACCCGGCUAGUAUGGCCGUGAGUGCGAAAUCCCAGAACGACCUUGUAGCGGAGUCUCUAGACAGCAAUCGGGUGAACCUCAUGCAGCAGACUUACCAGAUGCUAGGCAUGCAAGCAAAUUAUCUCGACGUCAGUAACAGCAUGGCGGAAACUGAUGCUCAGGGCGCCAUCCCGAAUAGUCUGGAGUCGGUGCAUGAUACUUUGCAUAAUGCCAUUGGCCGUGGAGGUCACAUGUACGAUGCGGCGUACUCUGCAUUUGAUCCCAUCUUCUGGUUGCUUCAUACCAACGUCGACCGAUUGCUUGCCAUCUGGCAAGACCUUCAUCCGGAUAGCUUCGUCGAGAGCCACGUCAACCCUUGGCCGACGUUUGCAACUGCACCGUACUCAGAGGCGGACGAAAAUACACCCUCUGUUCGCGACCACACAAUCUUCGGCUCCACGUAUCCUGAGUUCCUCGGGCUCUCCGCAACCGACACUCUGGCUGGUAGAGUGAACGCACUGUACGGGGCGAAUGCAACGUCACAGUUCUCGUGGGAGACCGCACGCGCCGAACAGCAUGUUGCCAGUCCCCAGAGCAACGAUUCCCAGUACCAGUACUCCGUGGUCAUACGUGCGCAACACAUAGGUCCUGGGGAUGUUUCCAAGGUUUUCGUCUUCCUAGACUCAACCAUGAAGGUCAGCAAUGGACCCGCGAAUACUCAGGAAUGGAUGUCUGAGCCUGGUUUCGUUGGAUAUGCAGGUUUCCAGAAUGCCGUUGGCCAGGUGAAGACCGAGAUGCAGAUCAACAGCGUGGUUGCAUUGACAGCAGCGCUGGAAGACCGGAUGCGCAUGGGGGAACUGCGCAGUAUGGAUGAGAAUGUUGUUGGUACAUAUCUGCAGGAGAAGCUACAUUGGUUGCUUGUUGAUGUAAGGCUCUUCGAUCCGGCAAACAGCCAUGCAUGCCGAUAUUUGCUAACCAACUUGUGUCAGGCCAAUGACAAUGUCAUCGCUCCUGAGCACGCGUCCGGCUUCUCGAUUGGGGUAUCGUGGACGAGGAUAGCGCCAGGUACGGCAAGCACGCUGCCUGCGGUCCUGGGUGGCGGCUUCGAGCAGUUGCCACACGCUACGAUGGGCAAGGCGGGUGGAGUGCAAUGA